UUUACAGAAUGGUGAAGUUGAUACAACAAGUUUUACACGGACUGAAUUUCUGGUGACCAGAGAAUCAGGCGACGGCAAGGAGGACUCUGAAGAUGCAGAUGCUGUGUUAUCUGAUGGAGAGCCUCUAGAAAUUGACUACAGCAACUUGAGCUUCCUAGAGAUCCCACCCAUAUCCAGUGACCAGGAGGAUGAUAGCAGUGGGGACGAGAUAAGCUACCACAGGCCAUCCAGGGUCUGCUUCAGCAGGAACCCUAUCAAGGUGUUUGCUACAUAUUCCACCAAUGAUUAUGACAGACGUAAUGAAGAUGUGGACCCAGUUGCUGCCUCUGCAGAGUAUGAGUUGGAAAAACGAGUGGAAAAAAUGGAUGUGUUCCCUGUUGUCUUACAGAAAGGUACAGAGGGGCUUGGCUUCAGUAUAAUUGGUAUGGGCGUGGGAGCUGAUGCUGGUUUGGAAAAACUCGGAAUAUUUAUCAAAACACUGACACCCAACGGCGUAGCUCAAAGAUCUCAACAGGUUGAUGUCAAUGAUCAGAUAAUUGAAGUUGACGGCAAAAGUCUGGUCGGUGUCACUCAAGCGUAUGCUGCCUCUGUACUCAGAAACACAAGCGGAGAAGUCCAUUUCAUGAUCGGACGAGAGAAGGACCCAAGCAAAAGUGAGGUGGCUCGGCUAAUCCAGCAGUCUCUAGAACAGGACAGACGCAGAGAAGAGAUGAGAGAAAAGGAGCAGCAGCGGUUGCGGCAUUUGGAGGACAGUUUUCAGCCAAAGGAUGAAGUGUUAGAGCGGCAUGCCCACAGCCAUCUCUUCCAACAACAGCAGCAGCAGCAGCAGCAACAAAAUGUGGGUGAAGACUCAGGGUCUGACACUGAAGGAGAUGAGAAGGAUGGUGGAGGUAGUCUUGAGAAAGAGAUUCCAAAUCACCUGGAGCAUGAACUGUCUGAUCAAGAACGGCUACAAUUAGAGCAGGAGACCGCUGCAGGUGAUACUACACCUCAGUCCACACCUUCAAAUGGUGAGGAUGUCGGGGACAGUUCUCCUGAGGUGUCAGAACUGCAGACAACAUCCGUGGCUGUCAUACUUGAAGGGAUCGAAGAGAAGCCAGGAAGCUCCAGUGAUUCAGUGUCUCCGGACAUGGAGAACGAGAAGCUGUAUGUGAAGCUGAAAGAGAGUCACUACAAGCUGUCAGUAGCAGAAGCAGAGAUUGUCAAGUUAAAGGGCAAGCUUGUGGCCUUAGAGAGUAACGAGGGACAGAAGAAGUUGGUGGAGAAGAAGCUGGAAGAUCUCACCAGGAGGUUCCAGGAGAGGGACAAGCAUUUUGAUGCCUUGAAGAAGGAACUGUCACAGUACAAGGACAUGAUGGUGGCCUCUCAGAGCCAGCACAUAGAGCUGGAGAAGAAGGUUCGAGAGCUGGGGGCCCUGGAGAAAAAAUAUCACAAGGCAAAGAAACUUAUCAAAGAUUACCAGCUGAGGGAGAAGGAUUUCAUCCAGGAGAGAGAGUCACUUCUGGAGCAACAAGCUGAGAAAGACCAGCAGUACAAUUCUCUGGUCAAGUCUCUUAAGGACAGGAUAUUCAUGCUAGAGAAAGACCUGACAAACCUCCAGAAGGCUGCAGGGCUGCCUCCAGUCUUGUCCAGUGGAGAUGACAUUGAGGUGCCCUUGUCUCCUGCUAGACCUACGCCUCUUGUCAGAACUGUACACAGUGUACUGGAAGAGCCUUUGUCUCCACUCAACCAGUCCACAGAAGAUGUGCUGGACACCUCAACCUGCUCUGAGAUAUCGGACCCAGCCACAUCCCCAGUAUUGGAGGAAUCUUUCAGCAUUGAGACAGCACUGGCCAUGUCUUCAUCGCCAGUCACAGUUGGUUUUCGCAGCCCUGAGCCAUCAUUCCCUGUGGUGGAGGAAACUGUCAAGUCACAGUUUGACUCCUCACUGAACACUACCCCCUCACUGGAGUCCAUGGCCAGUAGAGAUAGAUCCAACCUGAAUACAGCAGGAGGUGGUACCAACAGAUGGUCGCCCACUAAGAAAAUUCAGACUCAAGACUCCCUGGAAGAUCUGGACUCUGGGAGUGAGUUCGCUGAGAAUGGAAGCAUCCACAGCAGCCACACUGACCAGGCAGAGAGUGGGCUGGACAUGUGGAACAAACAUGACAGAAGGGACAGUAAUUCCGACUCCUCCUCAUCAGUUUCACAAACCUCAUAUGACCCCAGUCGCCCAAACUUUAAUAAAGUUGGCAGCUCAGAGAUUCCAGACACAGCCACAGAUGAUAUGUCCACCAACAGUGAAGGGGGAGUGACUCUUGUUUCAGCAAAAGCAUCACCUGCAGCAAAAGGCUUUGGCAUACCCAAAUUCAAUUGGAAAUCCACACAAAGAGGCGGUGACGGCAGUGGGGGUAUAGUGUUGAUAUCCAACCGUCCACUGGCAAAUCAACAUUCGGCGUCUGAUCCAGGGCUUGACUCGACAGGUGUCAGUCUUUUCUCUCGGAGACACCAGGACACUGGUUUCCAUGACUACGAUGCUUCCAGUGUCAACAGUGACAUCAUCUCAAACCUGAUGGUCAGCGAGCCAGAUGUGGACAGCUCUGGCAAGUACGUCUUCAACAUAACCGGGUCUCCUGCCAGAGAGGACAGUCAACAGAACCACAGCCAAAAUAAGUUUCUCCCAGGUUCCAUCACUGAGUGGAGCACUGAGCAUGUUUGCCUGUGGCUUACCUCCCUUGAUUUUGACAAAUACACUGUCAGCUUCCGAGAGAAGAGUGUCACAGGGAGCCAGUUGUUACACCUGGAUACUUCCAAGCUAAAGACUGUGGGAGUUGUCAGCAGCAAGGAUAGAGAAACAUUGAAGAAAAAGAUCAAAGAAAUGCGGACUAAUGCCGAGCGAGAAAAGAAGCUUCAAGAGAAGGAAAGAAAGAUGAAGGAAAAGGAACAGAAGAAGAUGAUGUCUAAGAAGAAAUGA